AUCUCUUUCCUCUCUCCCUCUUUCUAACCUAAUCUUUUCUAUUAUAAACCCCUUAACUCUUUCAUCUUCUCACUCACUCUUCUCAAAUCUUCUCAAUCUUCUCCAAAUCUCUCAAAUCCAGUCCAACAUCAUGUCUUGCUUCAAGAGCAAAUACGCCGAGGAGCUGGCUAAAAACGCAGCCUACAUUGGCACCCCAGGAAAGGGUAUUCUUGCUGCCGAUGAGUCAACCGGCACAAUCGGAAAGCGUCUCUCCAGCAUUAACGUUGAGAACAAUGAAACAAAUAGGCGUGAUCUCCGUGAGCUUCUUUUCUGCACUCCCGGUGCCCUUCAGUACCUCAGUGGAGUCAUUCUCUUCGAGGAGACCCUCUAUCAGAAGACUGCUGAUGGCAAGCCCUUCGUUGAUGUCUUGAAGGAAGGUGGAGUCCUCCCAGGUAUCAAGGUUGAUAAGGGUACUGUUGAACUUGCUGGAACCAAUGGUGAAACUACCACCCAGGGCUUUGAUGACCUUGGUAAGCGGUGUGCCAAGUACUAUGAAGCUGGUGCUCGCUUUGCUAAAUGGCGUGCGGUUUUAAAGAUUGGUCCAAAUGAGCCUUCUGAGUUGGCCAUCCACGAGAAUGCCUAUGGUUUGGCUAGAUACGCCAGCAUCUGCCAGGAGAAUGGUCUUGUCCCCAUUGUUGAGCCUGAGAUCCUUGUUGAUGGUUCCCAUGAUAUCAACAAGUGUGCUGCCGUAACUGAGCUUGUUCUUGCUGCAUGCUACAAGGCUUUGAACGACCACCAUGUUAUGCUUGAAGGUACCCUCUUGAAGCCCAACAUGGUUACCCCUGGAUCUGAUUCCCCCAAGGUUGCACCAGAGGUGAUCGCUGAGUACACUGUGCGUGCUUUGCAGCGCACUGUGCCUGCAGCAGUUCCUGCAAUUGUGUUCUUGUCUGGUGGUCAGAGUGAGGAGGAAGCUACCCUCAACCUCAAUGCCAUGAACAAACUCAAGGGGAAGAAGCCAUGGUCACUUUCAUUCUCCUUUGGACGUGCACUUCAGCAGAGCACUCUUAAGGCAUGGGGAGGAAAGAAGGAGAACGUGCGGAAGGCUCAGGCUGCAUUCCUCACUAGGGCCAAGGCCAACUCAGAGGCCACCCUUGGUACUUACAAGGGCGAUGCUAAGCUUGGUGAGGGCGCUGCUGAGUCUCUCCAUGUCAAGGACUACAAAUACUAAACGAAGAAGUUGAGACUUCUGGCCAUGUGUUUUAUAUAAGAGUGUGACUGGCGGUAUAACUUUAAGCUUUGUCCCAUUCUCAGGCAUAGUUUUAGGGGUUUUCUUUUUUCUUUUCAUAUUAUGAGGUUAGUGUAAUAAAAGCUUGGGCGAGGAGCUUUCGUUUGAAUCGUUUUGUCAAUUAAGUUUUAAACUGUUUAUGUUAUCGUUUCUUUUUUGUUUCUCUUGAACCGAUCAUUUGUUAUAAUUGACAAUCAAUCUGUUAUUUGAUGAAGUUUUGCUGGUU